AUGCCCAAGUCAAAGCGUUCCAAAGUCGUUCACCUCACGCAGGUCGACAAGAAGACCCGUAAGAACAAGGAGCGCCUCUUCGAAAAUAUCCGCGAAUGCAUCCCCCAAUACCAGUACUGCUUCAUCUUCGCUGUCGACAACAUGCGCAACACAUAUCUGAAAGACGUGAGGCAGGAGUUAUCUGAUAGCCGUCUCUUCUUCGGCAAAACAAAACUCAUGGCCCGCGCCCUCGGCCACAGCCCCGAGGACAGUUACGCCGACAACAUCUACAAGCUAACCCCCUAUCUCCGCGGCACCGUCGGUCUUAUCUUCACCAACCGGUCACCCGCGCAACUACUACCAUACCUAGAAUCUCUAGCCGGGGAAAAGAUCGACUUCGCGCGCGCCGGCGCAGUCGCACCUAGAGACUUCGUCAUUCCCCCGGGAACCUUGCACGCGACGGGCGGCGAGGUCCCAGCCGAGCAUGAUGUCCCCCUAGGACAUACCCUAGAGCCCGAGCUGCGACGUCUAGGCAUGCCCGUGCGCAUGGUUAAGGGACGCGUUGUGCUGGAGGAGGCGCUCGAAGGUGCGCGUAAGGAAGAGGGGUACGUGGUAUGUCGGGAAGGCGACGUGUUGGACUCGCGGCAGACGAGGCUGUUGAAGUUAUUCAGCGUGUGCAUGAGCGAGUUUAAGAUCAAAGUCGUCGCGUACUGGAGCGCCGCUACGUCCGAAGUUACGCCCGUAGACCCGGAGGCCAUGGACGGCGUCGAGGACGAGGGAAGUGAUUAA